AUGCGCGGUCUCAGAAGCCUUGCCUCCCUCACCAUUCUCGGCUUGGUCAAUGCCCAGGAUAACAUCGUCUUCGGUCCUGCGUUCUCCCUCGGCCCUACCAAGUCAUGGAUCCGUGAAGCGACUACUACGCUGGUGUUGCCUGAAGCACCAAGCCCUCAGGAAGAUCGUCUUGCACUCUGGCCGGGAAUGGGUACCAGCGGUGGUGACCUGAUCCAGGCUCUCGCUGUGUCUUUCUCGGACCCUGCAUCAAACUGUGGCGCAAGCUCUGGCCAAUGGUGCACAUGGGCAAGUACUCUGCAGGGUAAAGGAUGCGAAUAA